UAGUGGAAGUACCUCUCAGUGUUACUCCUCCUCCUCUUUCUCCUCCUCCUCCUCUUCUCCUCUUCUUCGUCCUACUUCUCCUCCUCGCCCUCCUCUUCUGUUUCAUCUCACCUCGUCCUUUUCCACUUCUCUUCCCUCUCUCCCUCAUGCUCCUCCUCUUCCUCCUCCUCUUUCGCUACACCCCCGGAGCCUCUAGUGUGCCAGCGGUCAGGCUCAAUUGCGUAUCAUGUCGCCGAGGCCUCACAACAGACUAAAUAAAACAUGCACUCGCCUCCUCCUGCUCCUCCGCCUCCUGCGUUACGAGCCCGCGACGUAGCGCCAACAUGUCACCCUCACCGCCACCUUCUUCGCCUUCCUCAGCUUCGUCAGUCGUUCUAGGUGGCAUGAGAGGUUGCCAUAGUAGAUGAAGACUCGUGUGUGGCGGGUGAAGGACAGACCGAGCGUGGCGUGUGUGUGUAAAAGAGAAAACUAUUGUAAGAGAGUGACGUCACCACCUUCUUCUCCGUCCUCAGCUUCGUCAGUCGUUCCAGGCGGUCUGAGAGGUUACUAAAGUUAAUGGGGAGUAGUGUGUGUCGGACGAAGGAUAGACAAAGCGUGGCGUGUGUGUGUAGAAGCGAAUCCUUGAAGUGUAAGGCAACAGCGUCACGUAAAACGGAGAAAGAUAAUCCUGAAAACAACAUGUGAAUGAGAUAAAAACAAACGAAUGUGGCGUCUGUGGUUUGUAGUAGCGAAUACUUUUGAGGGGUAAGAAAACAGCGCCAUAUUAAGCUGAGAGAGACGAUCCUGAAACCAAUAUGUGACUAAGAUAUAAACAAAUGUAUAGUGUAUAUGUAGGUAAAAGGUUUAAGUGAGGAGUGUCCAGCGCUAAAGAACCGUUGAGAAAGCCCGGAGUGUGAUGUGUGUCAGUUUAUCGAAGUGUGCAGCGUCCCAGUGGCGAGCGAUUGGAAGUGUGGCGCAUCGGGAGCAUGUGAAGAGCAGGCAGGGAGUGGCGCCCCCUCCCUCCCUCCCUCCCUAACCUCCUUCCCUAGCCUACCUAAGCGUCUGAAUUUUCACCGUCCGAUUGGGAGUUGAUAAGUUGUCAGUCACCAAACAAGAUUAGGCGCAGCAACAGCAAAAGAGACGCUUGAAUUUACAUCGUUCGUUAGGCGUUGAAAAGCAGCAGAGUCACCAAACAAAAUUAACCACAGGAACAAGAGAACAGUCGCCUGAAUUUUCUCCUCCCACGGUCAGUCGAACAAGGAGAUUAACCACAGAAGCAGCAAAAGAGGCGCUUGAAUUUACAACGUUAGUUAGGCGUUGAAAAGCAGCAGACAGCAACCAACAAGAUUAACCACAGCAACAAGAGAACAGUCGCCUGAAUUUUCCCCGCCCACGGUCAGUCGAACAAGGAGAUUAAGCACAGAAGCAGCUAAAGAGGCGCUUGAGUCUUCACCGUCGUCCGUCCGUAGUCAAAGAGGAGGACGUCUGGAGUGGAUUACCGUUGCAGGAGAACCUCAGCGUCGCCUCAGCCAUCACCUCCGCCAUGCCGUCCCUCGAUGACCUGGACCUACACCGCUUCCUCAGCCUGGUGCGGGGGGAGCGUCGCCGUCGGGGCCGCCACUCCGUCUGCCUCGCGCUGCAGGGCCCCUCACGCCUCCUGGUGGGGAUGGCGAGGUCACUAGGCAUGACCCAGGGUGAAGCUCCGGGCCCGACUGACGUGAAGGAAUCGCCCCGGAAGACCCGCGGCGUCAUCCCUCACCUGAGUCACCUGCCGGACCUCAACAAGCUCUCCGACGUGAUCCGCAACCUGGUGAUGGGCAACGUCGUGUAUGUCAAGCCCAUCCUCAAGCCCAGGAAGAUCUGCAUUUACACGUGCGCCGACCUGAAGGACACCAUCAUGGAGCGAUCCGCCCUGAUGGAGUACGUGUAUCCGAAGCUGCGCCUGUACUGCAUGGAGAAGGGCUACGAGCUGAACACGGUGGACCUGCAUUGGGGCAUCCCGGACGAGCAUCUCAACGACCACUCCCUCAAGGAACUGUGCCUGGGCCAGCUCACCACCCAGGCACGCGACUCCCACAUCGUGACCGUCGUGUUCCUCAACGAGACCUUCGGCAAUGCUCUUCUGCCCCGGGUGAUCGAGGGCCCGGACUUCGACCAGGGGAUCUCCAGCCUCGAAGUCGACACGGACCGCGAGCUCUUCUGGAAAUGGUACCACUGGGAUGAGAACGCCCAGCCGCCCUGCUACAAGCUUCAGCCCAUCAGCACCUACAUCCCGAACAUCAAGGAGAGUAGCAGCGCCCAGCACCAGGAGGCCGUGUCAGACUGGAGCGCCGAGGUGAAGAAGAUGAUGACGCUGAUGAGGACGGUGUUCAACCAGGAGCAGAAGGAGAAGUACCUGAGCACCGUCAUGGAACAGGAGAUCAAGCAGAGCGUCUUCAUGAACCAGGAGAGCGCCAAACACUGCCUCUGGAUCUGCCGCAAGUUCACGCAUUUCCCCUCGCACAACAUCCCGGCGCAGGGCAAGGUGUACGUGGCCGUGGAACCCGAGAGCAAGAAGCGACUCGACAUCCUGCAGAGUGAACUGAAGGAGCGUUUGGACGAGAUUCGGAUGCUCAAGUUCCGCGUGAAGUGGCAUAACUCCGGCAUGAACCCCGAGGUGCCAGAACACGCCCAGUUCGUCGAGGACCUGUGCGCGCAGAUCUCCCCGCUGCUCAUUUCUAUCAUCGACGGCAUCAUUGAAGAGGACGAGACGAAGGAGGAGCUGAAGACGUACCUGGGCAUCGAGAAACGCCUCUUCCAUGAGCUGAUGCAACAGUCGCUCAUGUGUCAGUUCAGAUACAAGAACUUCCAGGGCAGACAGGAGCUGCUCGCCAAGAUUAGAAGGUACUUGAACAACGACUCGUGCGUGCCGCUCAUCAUGCACGGCGAGGUGGGCUGCGGCAAGUCGUCCCUCAUCGCGAAGGCCAUGGAGAGGUGCUGCGAGUGGCUGGUGGACGUGCCGCUGGUCGUCAGGUUCGUCGGCCUCACCCCCGGGUCGUCCACCACGGAGCAGGUGCUGAGGUCCAUCGCCGAGCAGUGCUGUGCCCUCUUCGGCGAGCACCACGCGGAGGCUGCCAAGGGCGUGCGUCACAUGUCCUCGUUCCUGAUGCACGUGUGGUCCAAGGCGUGCAAGGUGCGGCCGCUGGUCAUCAUGAUAGACGGCAUCGACCAGGUCAAGAGCUACGGGUCCACCUCGCUCGAGUGGGUGCCGCGCGAGCUGCCGGAGAACGUGAAGCUGAUCAUGACGGUGCGGGACGACUCGGAGCAGAUGCGUCUCCUGCAGAGCAUCAUCGAAGACCGCGCGUGCUUCCUCAAGAUCCCGCCGCUGACGCUGGACGAGGGUUACACCAAGUUCGAGGGGAUCCUGAAGACCCACCACCGCAGCGUGAACAAGGAGCAGCGGGACCUGGUCAGCAAGUACAUCCAGGAGUGCCCGCUGCCGCUCUACGUGGAGAUCGUGGCUCGCAUGGCCUGCCACUGGACGGGCGCAGAGUCUCAGCUGCCUCUCAAGUCGACCCUCAUGGAGCAGAUCAGCGUGGUCUUUGACGAGCUGGAGGAGACGUACGGCCCGGUGGAGGUCUCGCACACGCUGGGCUACCUCACCGCCGCCAAGCACGGCCUCUCCGACUCCGAGAUGAUCGACAUCCUCUCCUGCGACGAGGCGGUGCUGGAGAAGGUCUUCGUCCACUACAUCCCGCCAGUCCGCCGGUGUCCCUCGCUGCUGUGGGUGCAGAUCUCGAAGCAGCUGCAGCCGUUCCUCAUGAAGACCAUCGUGGCCGGAAUCUGCCUCUUCACCUGGCGCCACGAGAGCUUCAGGGACGCCGCGCGCUCUCGCUACCUCGGCACGCCGGACCAGAUCAACAUGUGCUGCACGGCCCUCAUCGACUACUUCCAGAGCAAGUGGGCGAACGGAGCGAAGAAACCGAUGACGGACGCCGAGGAGGGGGCGGAGGAGGGCAAGGAGCGGUACGUGCUGGACCAACCCACCAAGUACCGCGGCAGCAACAUGUCCAAGAUCUCGGUUCAGCCCGUCUUCAGCCGCCACAACCGCCGUAAGCUGGACGAGUUGCCGUACCAGGUGCUGCAGCUUCGGGGCCGCAUCCUGGAGGAGUUCGUGCUCAACUUCGACUGGGUGUACGAGAAGCUCUGCGGCUCAGACACUUACCAGGUGCUGGAGGACGUCUCGCUGGCCCUCACCAACCACAGCAACAACGUCGAGCUGGUGCUGCUGAAGGAGGUGCUGGAGCUGGCCGCCUACGCCCUGGGCUACGACGGACGCCAGUUCUACUCUCAGGUGUACGGGCGCCUCACCACCCUCAUGAAGGACCCGCAGAACCAGGAGACGUACCCGAUCAUCAAGAAGCUGUACGAGAGGGCCGCGCACGCCCCCGUCCCCUGCCUCCUCUCCCUCACCGUCUGCCUGCACGAGCCCUUCCAGGACCAGAACAUGAAGCUCGGUGACGGCCAGGUUUACUUCAACGCGCUGAUCCGGGCGCGUCACAACCCACACUACGUCAUCACCUUGUCGACGGAGCGCGGGGAGAUCGCCGUCUGGAACAUCUUCACCAUGACCCCGGUUCGAACCCUCACCGGCAUCACGCAGCCCCGGAAACUGAAGAUGAUCGACGACUACCGCUGCCUGGUGCUGUGCGGGCGGGAGUUGCGGAUCUACAACUUCGACGAGGGUCUCUUCGUGAUGAAGCUCCGCGAGGUGAUGAACCAGAAGAUGCCUUACUUCGGCCUCCACGACAAAGAUCACGUGGUGGCGCUCUCCCGCUCGCGAAUGUACGUCAACAUGAUGAACCUCCAGAACGGGGACUGCGUGGCCACUUUCAAGGUGGGCGAAGACAGGUUCCUCAAUAGCCUGAUGGUGUCGGAGAACGGGAAGAUCUGUGUGUGCGGCGACGAGACGCAGAAGCCCUCGGCCCUGCUCGUGUGGGACCUGGAGCUGCGCAAACUGAUGUACGACCUGCGCAUCCCGCACCACGAGUUCAUCACGCGCCACGCCGCCAUCACCAAGGAGGGCCACUACGUCUCCUGCGUCUGUCGCGAGGUGGACGAGCCGGCGCCUAACUUCAUCGUGGUGUACGAUCUCCAAAGCGGCACACUCUUCAAGAAGUGGAAGCCCGGCGUCAAUAUCAUCUCCAUCGCCAUCUCCUCCGCCGGCAGCUGCGUCAUCGUCGGCCUUGAGGACUCGAAGCUCAUGGCCUACGAUCUCAUCACAGGCAACCCUCGCUGGACGCUGAAGGGCCACACGGCGCCGCCCACCACCAUCCGCCUGGACAACCGCGGCCUGCAAUGCCUCACCUACGACGCGCUGGGCCGGGACCGCUCCGUCAGGGUGUGGGACAUUCACACCGGUAACAGUCUGGCGGUGCUGACGCCAGACCAGUCCAUCACCGCCUGCGAGAUCUCGAGCGACGGGAAGGCGGUGGUGAUGGCGCUGGAGGGGCGCAACGAGAUCGUCACCUUCCUGCUGUGCCACCAGAAGGGCGUCGACGGCCACGCCUCCCCGAAGUCCUACGGCAACGACACCAACAGAGGCAAAGUGUUCGACCUGAGCCAAGCGGGCACGUGGCCCAUGUCCGGUGAUACUGAGGAAAACAUGCUGUGGAGUUAAGUCAUGCAGCAGCAGCAUCUCCACCCUCGUCGCCGCCGCCGCCACCGCCUCCUCCACCUACCCACUGCAUGUUCCCGCCCGCCACCACAAAGCGUAUCCACUUAUUACGCCUCCUCCUCUUCCUCCUCUUCCCUUCCACUUCCUCUUACUCUUUCCCGAACGUUGUGCAUCUCUCGACUUCAGAUAUAGUACAAGAGUUUAUGCUAAUCGUUCAACUGUGUGUUCUUUUAGCAUUAGUACUAUUGUUUUUAUCACUACUACUACUACUACUACUACUACUACUACUACUGUUCUGCAUGCGGGGAGACAGAACGAUGAAUGGAUGAGAGACAGCGAUGUACCUAAUACCACGAUGCUUCAAAUUAUGUAAAGACGCUUCGAAAUAACAGGACCGAAGCUGUGAAUGAACCCUGUCCCCCUACCCACCCCCUACCCACCUGUACAGAGCUAAUUAGUGCAUGUUACAUUAGUGUGUCCAUAGCUCACCUGAGGGCCCCGAGUGCUCUGUAGGAACCGUCGAGUUUACACAUGAUAUAGGCUGUUUAUUAUCUGGUUUAAAGUUUGAUGGAUAAAGUUUUCCUCCUGUUCCUGAUCCUCCUUGGUUUCUCCUUUUUUCUUAUGUUUUCUCUUAUGUUUUCUCCCCAAUUUUCAUCUUGUUCUUCUUCUACUUUGCUUUUCUCCCCUUCCUUUUUCUUUCCGUUUUCUUCCUUCUUGUUCUUGUUCUUGUUCUGCUUCUACUUCGCUUCCUACUUCCGCUUCUCCAUGAUUUAUUCUUCUCCUUUCGUCUGUCUCUUUUGUUCUCCCUAAUUUCCAUCCUCUUUCUUGUUCUUCCUGUUUUUCUACGUCGUUUCCCCACUUUAUCCUCCAUGAUUAUCCUUUCUUCUUACGUUCGUCUUCUCUCUAAUUUUCCUCCUUUUGUUUUUCUUCUUCAGUUUCCCCUUCUGCUUCCCCUUUCCUUUACUCCCCUCGUUUCUUCUUACGCCUGUUUCUUUUCCCUAAUUUUCCUCCUCUUUCUAGUUCUUGUUCUUCAUCAACUUCGCUUCUCCCUUUCUCCACUGUGAUGCUUGUAAUCGGUUGGUUGGCUUCAGAGACUAAGCUUCACCCGAUGCAUGCGACUCUAACCAUGACUUGAGGAAACCAUUUGCCUGUUGGGUGUCGCUGGGUGGACGAAGGAGUGACACGGAACGGCUGAGCACAACAAAAUUUCCACAAUCCCACGGCUGCAGCAUCUUUGUUUUUAGCAUGAUUGUGUAGGCGAAUAGAACUCAGCCUCACCCCUCUUGCACCCAGCGACUCCCUCCCUAUUCCUUCAUGGCCUUCACUUGCAUGCACCGGGAUGAGGCAAGGGGCGGGUCUUACUUGUUCCGUAAUCCUAAACGUAUCGGACUCCCAUCACGAGCAUCUCCCAAAGCCACAGAAAAGAUCAACCCGGCUUUCAUGGGUGAUUUUUUUUUUCCCGUCCAAGAUGCGGAAGUCGGGUAAAACUAUCACUAGGUUCACAAAAUAGUCCAUGAACAUCCCAGGAAUUUCUACAACAAGAGGCUUUUCAAACAGAUGAAGUGAGGUGUCGAUACGUUUAGGAGGAGGGGCCACAGCCGUCAUUCAACCAAUUGCGCGCGUCAGAAAGUGAGAAGUGGGAGGAGCUUACCUGUCGAGCUAACCUGAACGGACUGUAGAUACCAUUGCGAUGUGUCUAUUUUGUAUUCGUCUAUUCACACCAAAUAUAUCAGGGCGUUUUAGGCUAAAUACUUAUUAUUGUUAUUCUAGGUUAAGAAACGCUUCGUGCUUGGGUAAGAGGUAAGUUCACGCCAUGGAAAUAGUCGCGGCGUUAUUGUGUAUGGACCACGUGACAUUCCCUUGCUUGUAUCCGUCCCCCUCCCCCCCCCCACCGUAUCCCGCUGGCUGCCCUCCAUACCCAGCCUCCGCCCCCCUCAGCCUAGCGCCGCACCCCCCCACACACACCCGUCUGGCUUAGUUCACUUUGUAGAUAUAUUAUGGUAAUUAAAGAAAAUUGUGCCCGUGCUGGUUUUCAUUCAUGUGUUUUGACGGUUGUCCUUUUUUUUUAGGGGGGGGAAGAUGACGAUACAGAGAGCUUGUGUUUAUGCUGUUUGAACAGUUAUUAAAAACUGAAGAUUCACAGGAUGUACAUAAACUUAAGGCAGUC